AUGUCCUCCGCUCAGGGAAAGGAAUCAGACCGACAGUACAUCCGACUAUGGGAAUCUGCGUCACCUGGACAUCCUCGAUCUCUGCUUUAUUUCGCUACUGCGAGGUCCCAUAGGAAGUAUAUCGAAAUUGACGAUCUCCAGGAUUUUAUCCAUGCCCUGUUUGCCGCAUCCCAGAUGAGAUAUACUCUGGAACAUUCAACCUUGGCCAAACGGCUCGGUUUUACACCGGGCUCCCUGAUACACAUUUUCGCAGUGGGGAUCAUAAUCCCCAUGCUUUCUCAUGUCUACUGGCAUGGAGCGAUGCCCGCAACAAUCGAAACUGCAAUGCGCGCUGCCACCCUCGUUGGAACCAUUAUUGGCCAAUAUGCAUUCGGUGUUCUGGCGGACCUUUAUGGUCGGCGCAAAAUGUACGGGCUUGAACUGCUCGUUGUUAUCGUCGCGACAGUCGGAGUGACAAUGGCUUCGGAUGGCGCGUCGAAAUCAAUGAAUCUUGUUGGAUGGUUGAUAUCCUGGAGAUUCCUAAUGGGGAUUGGGAUUGGUGGGGACUAUCCUCUGAGCGCAGUGAUAACGUCUGAGUUCGCUCCUACUAAGUCUCGUGCUCGGAUGAUUGCCACUGUUUUCUUCAUGCAGCCGUGCGGAUAUCUAGUUGCCACGUUAGUCGCUCUUUUUGCUACCUUGGCGAACAAGAAUGGACUCCCGACCAAUAUACCUACAGAUGUUGACAGCAUCAUAUCAUGUACCGAUGACGAAUUAUGUCGACGGACAAUAGAUAGGAUCUGGCGCUGGGUGAUAGGGGCGGGAGCCAUACCGGCAGCGAUCGCCAUACUUUUCCGAAUUAGCAUCCCCGAGUCUCCCAGAUAUACAAUGGAAGUUCUGAAUCGUCCAGACGAGGCACUAGAAGAUGUUAAUGAAAUGGGGUGGAAACGAGCAGUCCGUACUCCUCACCGUGCAUUCGAUCUUGAGCUGCAAACUUCAGACUCAAGAAAUCUUGCCGGAAAUAUCCCCGGUACGACCUUGGCGGGGGUCUCGAAGCAAACAACAAACCAAGAAGCCGCCAAUAAUAACAAGAAUAAAAGUUGUUCUAACGUCUCUGAAAUGGCCGAACACCAGAUUCUCGGCGACCUUGGCGGAAAUGCGCGCAGUGGAUCAUUACCCAGUCCGAAUGUUCCUCCCCCCAUCUCAGGAGCAAGUUCUAUCACCACAAUUGAUGAGCCCGAUAGCCGACCUGCAGAGGGCGAUGACGAUUCGGAAAUUGGCGAGGAGAAACCAAGCGAGUGGGAAAGAUUCUACACUGGUUUUGUAGAACACUUCUUCACAAAAGGGCAUUGGCCCACUUUACUUGGCACGUCCCUUUCCUGGGCUUGCUUCGAUUUCGCCUACUAUGCGCUUGGCCCGAAUUCCUACAAAGUAAUCUCUAAAAUCUUCAACGAAAAACCCCUGAAAUUCACGCGAGAACCUGGGGGGCCUCCUCUUCCUCUCCCAACUCGUAGCAUCUACACCGACCUCGUCGAAAACUCGUGGCACUCGCUAAUAAUCGUCUCCAUCGGCUCCAUGAUCGGCGGCCUGGGCAUGAUCAAGCUGACAAAACGCAUCUCCCCACGCACAAUACAGCUCUUCGGCUUCCUGGUCCUAACAGCCAUCCUCAUCGCCAUCGGCAUCAGUUUCGAAACAGUGAGCCGUCACGCGUCCGUCCCACUUAUCGCUUUCCUAUACGUCCUCAGCCAGAUAUUCUUCGAGAUUGGCCCAAAUUUCACCACCUUCAUGAUCCCCGCUGAGCUUUUCCCCACCCGCUUCCGCUGCACUGCACACGGCAUCUCCGCCGCAGCGGGCAAGAUUGCGUCCGUGGUCGUGCAGGCGUUCGUUGCAUACUCACCCAUUGGGCCGUACCGAUCUUCGGAUCCCGGUUCGGAAUGGCUGGGGUAUGUGAUUAUUAUAUUCGCGGCGUUUAUGUUACUUGGGGCUGCGGUUACAAAGUGGCUGAUUCCGGAGACGAGGGAGAGGGACGGAUCAAAUAAGCCGUUGGAACAACUGGAGGAUGUGGCGAAGGUAAAAAGGCCGAUUCGGUUUUCGUGUGUGUCUGCGAGGAAGGGUGUUGGUGUUCCUGCCGAUCAGUUGGGGGGCUAA